AUGGGCAACCUAUGUUGUGGCGGCGAGGGUGACGAAGUUGCCCCGCUGCUUGACGAACGGCAGCGGGUGGCGGCCAAGCGACGCGGUUCUACGUCGCCUGUGUCCUCGUUGCCAUCGUCUCGUCGUACCACCCCCUCGCGUCCCCCUCCGUUGCUCGACGACUCGUUGUCGGCCUCUCCCCCUCCCAACGACUCCUCGCGCGGCCCUGAUGAUGGCGUCAACCACCACAAGCGACACCACCAGCAAGACGACCACGGUGGUGAUGGUGAUGGUGACGGUGAUGCUGUAGACCGACACCAUGAUACAAAGAAGAAGAGGAAGCACAAGAAGGAGAAGGGCGAAGAGGCAGCAACGUUGUUGGCCUCGCUGUCGGUGCCGUCGACGCUGGCCUCGUCGGCGAGCGUGUUGCAGCACCCGACCAAGUCGCGGCCGCGCGGGCCGCUCAAGCGCAACCCGUCGCGCCAGCACCACCUCCGCGUGCCCGACGUCGGGCGCGACACCCUCUUCCUCCACGCCGCCGCCGCCGCAGCCACUCCAUCGCGACACGACGACGAAGACGACCAUGACCACCACCAGAACAAUGGUGGUGAUGAUGAUGGCCAUGACCAAGGCACGGGCGAAGGCGAAGGAGGAAAGAGGAAGGAGAGUGGAGCGAUGGUGCGGAUGAUGCCGGCGGGGUUCGAUCCGGCGGACGUGCGGAAGCAACUGAAGAGCGCCGCGGCUGCGGGCGGAGGCGGAGGCGGGAGAGGACGAGGACGAGGCGUUGGUCUCGGCGGGUUCGAUGCAUCCGCCGCUCGGGCCAACCUGCGCCGGGUGGCCAGGGAUACCAACAACCCUUGA